AACCCGCCAGCACAACAGUGCCCACCCUAAGCAACCCGGCUUUCCUUUCAAAGAAAAUAAGGCAACAAAAAAAAAACACGGGUAUGAAUUCCAGAAUCCCUGACGAAACUGCAGGUUUUGAGCUGUUUUCUUCUCUACCCUGCACGUAUACAUUAUCCGCAACCGCCUUAUUUAAUAAUAUCUUAAUUUCUCUACAUCCAAACACCCUUGUGAUUCAACAUCUUGAAUCCUGAACAAACGGCCUUUUCUUCCCUCAAGAAAUGGAUAAUUGUGAGCAAGAAUACAGGAGGAAGGUGGGACAUAGAGCAGAAAGUCCGAAAGAAAAAGGGAAGAUGUUAUGGAAGAAGGUCAAGUAUCAGCUUGUCGAAUAUCACUCAUUGCCUGCUUUUUUGAAAGACAACGAGUUCAUUUUGGGCCAUUAUCGUUCCGAGUGGCCUUUGAAACAAAUCUUCUUCAGCGUCUUUUCCAUUCACAAUGAGACACUCAACGUCUGGACGCAUUUGAUUGGGUUUCUCCUCUUCCUUACCCUGACGAUUCACACUGUGAUGAAGAUUCCGUAUGUUGUGGAUCUCCAUAAGUUCGAAAAUGUCCGGGAGGAUCUCAAAACUUCACUGCCUUUGGCACAUGUGUUACCAUCUUUGUCUAGCUGGCGUUCUGCUAAGUUCCUCCCUAACUAUAUUCCUGAACAGUUCUCACAAAGAAAUCAUUCUGAUGUCUGUGCCUUGCAUAGCAUAAAGGAGAAUGUGGCAAACACAAUAGCUCCUGUGAUGGUUAGACCAAUCACUCGGUGGCCAUUCUUUGCUUUCUUGGGAGGCGCCAUGUUUUGUCUAUUAGCGAGUAGCAUGUGCCACUUGCUCUCAUGUCAUUCAAAACGCCUGUCUUACAUCAUGCUUAGGCUUGACUACGCUGGGAUUGCAACCAUAAUUUCAACAUCAUUUUAUCCUCCAGUCUACUAUUCCUUUAUGUGUAAUCCCUUCUUUUGCAAUUUGUAUCUGGGAUUUAUAACUCUAUUAGGCAUGGGAACAAUCAUAGGAUCUCUUCUUCCUGUGUUUGACCGUUCUGAAUUUCGUAGCAUUCGUGCUUCUCUAUUCUUUGCAAUGGGUUUCUCUGGUGUGGUGCCGAUUCUGCACAAGCUCAUCAUGUUUUGGCACCAGCCAGAGGCACUGCAUACCACUGGGUAUGAAGUCUUGAUGGGAUCUCUGUAUGGGCUUGGAGCACUAGUAUAUGCUAUGCGAGUUCCAGAGCGAUGGAUACCAGGGAAAGUCGACAUUGCAGGACACAGUCACCAGCUAUUUCACAUACUGGUACUCGCAGGGGCCCUAACUCAUUAUCGAGCUGGUUUAGUUUAUCUGAAAUGGCGAGACCUGGAAGGUUGCUAAAAGAAACAAAUCCAGACUUUAAACCAGUGUAUUGGAUGUCUCUUUUUUUUUUUUUGACAAAAUCACACUUGCAUUA